ACACGUUUUGCUGAAAAUUCAUGUAUACACACAAAACCUGGACGUCCGUUCACCUGGUGGCAGGUAGACCUGGGCAGUGAAUUCUACAUACACAAAUUAGCCAUUCAUUUAAGGACAGACUUUAAAAAUCGCAGAAAAGGCAUUACGGUGUACAGCUCAGUUGCUGACAGACGAACAAACACUGGUCAUCUGUGUGGUUCAACAACAUCAACCAGUCCAGAUGUGACGUGGAUGACAUGUGACGAUACAGCUAGGUACAUCACACUCUACCGAAAUGAUAGCAGCAACGGAGACACGGCGAUGAACUUCUGUGAAGUCCAAAUAUUUGUCUGUGAUGCUGGCACAUUUGGUGAUGACUGUCGCCAGUUCUGUCACUGUCUGAAUGGAUCGUGUAACUAUGUAACUGGAGAAUGCACUGGAGGAUGCAAACCGAACUGGACUGGGACAACAUGCAGUGAAUGUGAUUCUAAACAUUAUGGUCCUCUGUGUGGAAAGCCUUGCUCCGGAAGACACUGCGAUGAAUCACUUGGUAAAUCAUCAUGUGAUAGGAAAAGUGGACUUUGUGUCGAUGGAUGUUCAGCAGGAUGGAAGGGACCAGACUGUACACAGG